AUGGAUCACCAGUAUAAAGACUCAAUUUACUUGAUGUCAAAUGAGGGCCAAGUAGUUCUUUCAAACAUCGCGUGCCUCCCAAGGGAAAAAACUACAAAAUACGGGGUCGCCCACACCUACUCCGGCGCCCAAAUUUGCCGCCUCGGAGUCCGCGGGCGGAUUUCAACAACCCAGGGGACCCACACCGUCGACCUCCCGACGGCCGCAAGCCCGAUCGUCAACUACCCUGGACAACGGCGCGGUUUUGGGGCCCCAGGUCAAACCCACGAGGGGGAGGCCCCCGUCGCUGUCCUCGCCUGCGUGGCUGUCGUCGCUCUGUGCGACAAGGCCCCAGUCCUCGCCCCUCGUCCCCCAGUAUACACUUCUAGACCUGCCUACCACGCCCCUGAACCCGCCUAUCACGCCCCCGAACCUGCCUACCACGCCCCCAAGCCUACCUACCACACCGCUGAUCCUGCCUAUCACGCCCAUGCACACUACGAACCAGAAUACCCUGAUGUGCCCCCGAAGUACAAGUACAACUACGGCGUCGCCGACGGCUACUCCGGCGCCAACUUCGGCCACUCGGAAAACUUGAUAUUCUCUAAUAGUCUAACGGAAGUGAAUUCUAGACUGAAACAAAAUGAAAUCAUUUAA